UGAGCUGUCUCAACGCAAACUUAAAGAUGGCUGCAGCAAGAAACAGGGUUUUUGUUAUCGGAGUGGGAAUGACAAAGUUUGAAAAGCCGGGUGCGAGAGACAUCGAUUACCCAGACAUGGCCAAAGAAGCAGGGGAGAGAGCGCUGACGGAUGCUGGAAUAAACUACACUGCUAUCCAGCAAGCAUGUGUAGGCUACGUGUACGGUGACUCGACAUGUGGCCAAAGGGCUAUUUAUCACAGUCUGGGUCUGUCAGGGAUCCCAAUAAUUAAUGUCAACAAUUAUGGCUGCACCGGCUCCACAGCGCUGUUUGUGACACGCCAGCUCAUUCAGGGAGGUUUGGCUGAUUGUGUUCUUGCCUUGGGCUUUGAGAAGAUGGAAAGAGGUUCACUAUCCUCAAAGUACAUGGACAGAACCAACCCUAUAGACAAGCACAUGGAGGUGAUGAUCAACCGUUAUGGGAUGGCGGCAGCACCAGCUGCACCUCAGAUGUUCGGCAACGCUGGUAGAGAACACAUGGAGAAGUACGGCACAAAACCAGAGCAUUUUGCUAAAAUUGCUUGGAAGAACCACAAGCAUUCAACCAAUAAUCCAUACUCUCAGUUUCGGGUUGAAUAUAGUCUGGAGCAGAUCAUUAACUCCAGGAAGGUCUUUGAGUUCCUCACACUCUUGCAGUGUUGCCCGACGUCAGACGGAGCAGGAGCUGCAGUGCUGGCCAGUGAGAGGUUUGUGAGGAGGAACGGACUGGAGAAAAAGGCUGUAGAGAUCAUCGCUCAGGAAAUGAUCACAGACCUCACCACUACCUUUGAGGAAAACAGCUGUAUAAAAAUGGUUGGCUAUGACAUGACCCAGCUUGCAGCUCAGAAGUGCUUUGAGACGUCCGGUCUGAAGGCGUCAGAUGUUGAUGUCAUCGAGCUGCAUGACUGCUUCUCUGCCAAUGAGCUCAUCACCUAUGAAGCUCUGGGACUGUGUCCAGAGGGUAAAGCUGGUGAGCUUAUUGAUCGGGGUGAUAAUACAUAUGGUGGCAAGUGGGUGAUAAACCCCAGUGGAGGACUCAUCUCAAAAGGAAACCCACUUGGAGCUACAGGUCUGGCUCAGUGUGCGGAGCUGUGCUGGCAGCUGAGGGGGGAGGCGGGGCCUCGGCAGGUCCCCGGGGCAAAGGUCGCCCUGCAGCACAACAUCGGUCUUGGUGGAGCGGUGGUGGUCACUCUCUACAGGAUGGGCUUCCCUCAAGAAACAAGGUAUGUUUAAAACUAAUACGUCUUUUAACAAGCAUUGAGUAU